AUGUCAAAUGUGGAAAGUUAUAUGAGAGACUCAGAGAUAGUAGCUAAUGCAGAUUCACAUACUUCUUAUGACUCUUUGAGGAACGAAUCAUACCAGAUUCAGGAAAUUGUUACUAAUACGGAUAAUAUUGAUAAUAUAACUUCUGGAACUAGUAUAAAGAGAAUGAAGACUAAUAACUCUACGUUGUCCAGAAUUGUUACAGCAAUCAGGGAUGAUCAUCAGCAAGACAAUGAUGAGUUUCCACAGUAUAAAGACAAAGCCUAUUUAGAAGAGGUUUUGGAUAUGCGGUUAGCAUUUACUUCGGGAGAUAAUGACGGCGACCAGGAAAGCAAUAUUGUACUCUAUCGGAAAUCGGAGAAGGAUUAUAAUGAGAAAGACUACACCGAUGAAAAAUAUGAUGAUGUCAAUAAUGAUCCACCAGAUGGGGGUUAUGGAUGGGUGUCAGCAUUCUGUGCUAUGUUGGCAGCAUUUUCGACCUGGGGUUCUAAUGCUGGUUACGGAGUUUUCUUGAACUAUUAUUUGUCAUCAAAUUCAUUUCCCGAGGCUACUCCAUAUGAUUAUGCCUUAAUUGGCGGGAUCGUAGUGUUUCUAGCACAAGUGCUAGCCCCUCUCAGUGUGUUAGGAUAUAAAAUGUUUGGUUUUUAUAACCUUAGUUUCUGUGGUAUUUUCAUACAAACUAGUGGGUAUAUCCUUGCAUCUUUCGCGACUAAACUUUGGCAAGUAUAUUUGACUCAAGGGGUUUUGGUUGGCUUAUCUUUCCUGAUGAUUUUUAUACCACCUACCCUUAUAUUGCCUACAUAUUUCAAGAAAUAUAGGGCAUUUGCUAUGGGAAUUGCGGUCUCUGGUGGUGGGCUUGGUGGUAUAGUAUUUUCAUUAUCCGUUAAUAAGCUUAUCCAGCAAACAGGGGACCAGAAAUGGGCACUAAGAAUGAGUGGAAUUGUUACUUUAGUCCUGGCUUUAAUCGCAACAAUUAUGAACAAACCUAGAAAUUAUAAACCCUUGCCAUUCUCUACAACAUUAAAGGCAAAGUUUAUUAAAGAUAAUUUGAAGGUAAUUUUAGAUUUUAGCAUAUUUAAGAACUAUCCAUUUACUCUAAUUACAUUAUGGUUUCUGUUAUGUUUAUUGGGCUACAUUUUGAUGCUUUUCUCCAUGGCUGCUUAUUCUAAUCUGGUUGGUUUAACCUCGCACGCAGCCUCUACUAUAACUGCUUUACUUAAUGCUGGCCAAGUGUUUGGUCGUCCUAGCCUUGGCAUACUGGCCGAUAGAGUGGGAAGAAGCAAUUUUUCUGCAGCUGUCUCAUUACUUAUCUCAAUUCUUCUAUGGGCAUUUUGGAUCAAUGCUACUUCUUUUCCAGCAAUAGUUGUAUUUGCAAUUGUUUUAGGGUUAUUCAUUGGUAUUGGAAGUGUGAUGUCCCAAUCAUUAGCAGCUGAUAUUCUUCAAGACGAAGGAAAAUUACCAGCGGCAUGGUCAUAUCUAAAUAUGGGUUCGCUGUUUUUCUGUUUAGUUGCAGAAGUAAUUGCGUUGGCUAUUAGAGAUGAAAGCAAUGACAAACCUUUUUUGAAUACACAAAUUUUUUCGGGUUGUUGCUUUUUCGUUGCUUUUUUACUUUUAUUAAUUAUCAGAGAAUGGUUGGUUAGAAGAACCUUAAAUAAUAGGCUAAAUACCGCCCAUUCAGGUAUCACUAAUACUGAGAGAAAAAUGCAUUUACAUUCACAUAAUUUACAAGAUGUCGAAAAGGGAGAGUAUAAUGGUACGCCAGAGCUUGAAUUAUUGGAGGCCAGGGUUGCCAAGUAUGAAAACCUUUUGAGCAAAUCCAUCCUAUACUUUUUCGUUAGAAUGUUUUACCCCAUUAGAGUAUGA